AUGACCAAUUCGAAGGAACAUGUCAAAGCCAUAAUAUUGACAAGUGGGUGGACAUAUGACCAGUCUAUAAAUACUGAGCAAGAUGAAGAAGCUGCUGAAAAUGUGGAGUCCGAGAAGAAGGAAGCUGAGGACGAGGUGAAAGAAACCGAUCGAAAUGCGACCCACCAGCAAGCUGAGAAGACUAAGGAGAAUAAAAGGGCUUCAAAACCCAAGCAAUCUAGGGAUUGGCGACUGAAGAGUAGUGCAAUUGUACAAAAGAAGCUACCGCCUAAAGAACUAGGUUUUGGAGAAGUAAAGCCGACCACCAUCUCCCUAAAGUUGGUGACCGAGGAGACCAGUGCAAUUGUACAAAAGAAGUUGCCGCCUAAGGAACUAGGUCUUGGAGAAGUAAAGCUGACCACCAUCUCUCUACAGUUGGUGGACAAAUCCAUUAAAUACCCAAGAGGACUCAUUAAGGACAUACUGGUGAAAGUUGAUAAGUUCAUCUUCCCGAUCGACUUCAUUGUACUCAAUGUGGAGAAGGACGAGGAGAUCCCUUUGAUACAGGACCAACCUUUCCUUGCGACGGGGAAAACUUUAAUUGAUGUCGAAAAAGGGAAACUCAUUUUGAGGGUCGGUGAGGAGCAGGUCACUUAUGACGUAUUUAAAUCUAUGGAAUUCCCUUCCGACGUAUGUUCUUGCUUUCAAAUAAGUGACUGA